AAAUAAGAAAAAAACGAAUACAAAAAAGCUGAGCCGGUUUUUUUUUCCAGCAGCGUGUUCAAAAACGAGAUUCCGGAAGAUUUAAUAAAAAAAAAAUAUUCGGCAACUUGUGUUUUUUGACCUGGUUUUCCCUUUUUCUUCAUUUUCAUUCUUUUUAGAACGUAUAACUUAUGGCUUAUCCCGCAUAUAAUAACGAUCCAUACCCGCCAUCGCCCAUGAACCAUUCCACCAUGCAUUGUCCUCCAACACCUGUUCAACCACUGUAUCUUCAAACAUCGCAACCACAGCCACCUGUCGAACCGUUCUAUCUCACGUCACCUGUGACGACCUGUGCUGCUCCUGUAAAUGGACUCGGAAUAUCACACAAUGGGCUAGGGCUAACCACGCCGCACAUACCACCCCGCUCUCGACCAGCAUCGGUGGCGGUGCCUCCUGCGUCGUCGUCGUCGUCGUCUUAUGGCCUAAAAGAAAACUGGAAAGUAUCCGCUUUACGCCAUUCGGAAUCGUGGAGAGUCUCCAGUCACCGACAAUCCUCCGCUGACUUUUAUGACCUGCGGUCUCGGCGGGCCUCAGCCUUUCCGGAAUCCAUAUCGGAGUUUUCUACUCAUCCAUCCUCCUCGCCUUGGCAAUCAUCCGCCACACCUGAUCUCAUGUACACCACCGCAGCACAAGCUACUCCUCUUGCCUUUACUUCGUCACCUCUCUAUCCACCCAUUCAGACACCCUCAAAACCGUUGCCACAAGAACCACCGCAGCCUCCACCACCGAGAAAUUCCAUUCCACCCGGUGGCUUUGUCCUUCCCGCUCCUCCUCCUCCGCCUAUUUCUUGUCAACCUGUACAACACUACGCGCCUUACUACGAAGCCCAACCCAUGCCACCGACGACCUACGACAAUUAUUAUUAUUCACCCAUGACUGCGAUCCAAGAAUCCCACCUCCCAUACCCGCAAUCGCCCGCCAAUGUCACGUAUACCUCAUCCUCGUGGCAACCCGUCAUGUCCGAUUUACCUCCCGUUUCCAACUCCACCUUUCCUUCCGUCGCACCCGUCGCCACUUCCUCUGUCACCAAUCCCACGUCCGCAUUGACGCAACCUCAAUCAUCAUCACCACCCUCCUCCAAAAAGGAUGAUAAAAAAUCAAAGAGGAAAAAAGACACACCUGAACGAAAAAUUCGACAAAUUACCGUGCAAUCGAUUAACAAGGAACAUCGGGUAUGGAUUAACGUGGAACCUACCGAGACGGGAUUGUCACUUGCCGAGAAGAUCCAAAUUAUUGCCACCUUUCGCACACGAAAGAUUCUCAAAAUCACCACCGCCUCUGGCCGUCCUAUACCACUCGAUCAUCGACCUGUGUUUGGUAGUUGGAUGGAUAUGGACAGUUUCGUCGAUGGAGAACGGUGGCAAGUGGAAUGGGGCGAACUCGAUAAAAGCGUGGUAGACCGAUUAUUCGCCAAAGUCGUUCAGGUGGGUGGUCGUCGUAGUCGAGAUCAUACUAAACAAAAUGGAACGAAAUGAAUUGAUCGAUGGAUGAUAAAGAAAAAAAAAAGUUUUUUUGUGAAAUAUCGGUUUCUCGUCAAUUUGACAAGGGUUUUUGUCCCCUUUUUUUUUCCCUUUCAACCAUUGGGAUUCCAACUCCUUCCAUUUGAUAAGUCGGGGAUUCACCUUGAUCGCCGAUGAUCUUUCUUGAUUACUCAAAGAGUGGUCGAUGUACAUAAAGAAUUGCCUGAAAGUAAGGGAAACAAAAACUCCCAAGAAAAUACGCGAAAAAAGGCAAAAGGUGUGUUAAAUAUUUCGGGUUGACUGGUUUCCGAUAUUUCACAUGAUGCUUCGAGAACAAGGAUAACUAGUGUGGAUAUAAAAGGAAAUUCCAGAGUUAAGGCUUUUUUUUUCUACACUCAGCAGGGUUAUUAAAGCAGAAAAACCGC